CGGGUAACUUUUUAUGUCGCUGUGAGGUAUCGAUAAUUACCGACGUUACAUAACCCUUCUCCCCUAUUUCAUCACCGAUUGAAUGACUAACACCGGACUAGUUAUGCUCUGUAUAACUGUGUCACUCACUCAUGACUUAUUCAAUUCUCAUUACUUCUCCCGUCACAUCCAUUUCCAUCUGUCAUCGUGGCUCGCCUGGAAAGUGGCAAUGCCAACUCCAACUCCGGCGACAAGGCAGCACCAAUACCAAACAAUCCAACUGGGGCCCCUCACCUGGUCGACAACACGGAGCCAACACAUGGCAACGUUUAAAGAUAGUAAUUUCUCACCAACCCUCCCUUGGGGUUCCUUGCGGCACACAGGGUCCAGCCAUCUGUCAGUCUUAAGCUGAGUCGACCAUCGUAAUCCAUCGUCGCAACCACCCUUACCAUCCAAUCACCUAUUUCCGCCCUCAGGGAAGGGGGGCCGGACAAAACUUACUGUACAU